AUGGACGAGAUUGCACCUGAAUACGACGUCGUGGUCUUGGGAACAGGCCUCACGGAAUGCGUGCUUUCUGGUGUUCUGAGUGUUAAAGGCAAGAAGGUUCUCCACAUCGAUCGCAAUGAUCACUAUGGAGGCGAGGCAGCGUCCAUCAACAUCGAAGCACUCUUCAAAAAAUAUGGCCAUUACGCAAAGGGAGAAGAGCCGUGGAAGAAAUAUGGUCGCGUCAAUGACUGGAACAUUGACCUUGUCCCGAAGCUCCUCAUGUCAAAUGGCGAAUUGACAAAUAUCCUCGUCUCCACCGAUGUCACGCGAUACCUGGAAUUCAAGCAGAUAGCCGGAAGCUACGUGCAGCAGGGCAGCGGCCCCAAGGCAACCGUGGCCAAGGUACCUUCAGAUGCAGGAGAGGCCCUUCGCUCCCCCUUGAUGGGUCUAUUCGAGAAGCGGAGGGCGAGGAAUUUCCUGGAAUGGGUUGGCGCAUACAAGGAGGAUGAUCCGGCAACGCACAAAGGCCUUGACGUGGCCAACUGCACCAUGAGAGAAGUGUAUGACAAAUUCGGCCUGGAGGCGACAACGAAAGACUUCAUCGGCCACUCCAUGGCGCUUUUCCAGACCGAUGACUAUAUCAGUCAGAAAGGCGCCGCCAAUGAUGCCAUCAAUCGCAUCAGGCUUUAUGUAAAUUCCAUGGCUAGAUAUGGCAAGUCUCCUUACAUCUACCCUCUUUACGGCCUUGGAGAGCUACCACAAGGGUUUGCACGCCUUUCCGCUAUAUAUGGUGGGACUUAUAUGCUCAACACCGAUGUGGAUGAGUUCCUCUAUGAUGGAGGUAAGGUGUCGGGCAUUAAGGCCACCAUGAAGGAGAAAGGCGAGGAGGGGGCUGUCAUGAAAUUCGAAACCAAGUGCAAGAAGAUUCUCGCAGACCCCUCCUAUUUCCCCGGCAAAGUUCGGGUCACCGGACACCUUCUGAAGGCAAUUUGCAUCCUGAACCAUCCCGUCGCCAGUACUGACAAUAGCGAUUCGUUCCAACUCAUCAUCCCGCAGUCUCAAGUCGGCCGGAAACAUGACAUCUAUAUUGCCGUGGUUUCAUCUGCCCACAACGUCUGCCCCAAGGGGUACUACAUCGCUAUCGUUUCGACCAUCGCAGAAGGCGAUAGUAACCACCAUCUAGAGCUACAGCCCGGUCUUGACAGGCUAGGACGAAUCGAGGAGCAAUUUAUGGGCCAAGCCAUCCCUCUCUACGAGCCUCUGGAGAGUGGAGUGAAUGACAACAUCUUCCUUUCCAAGAGCUACGACGCCACAAGCCACUUUGAAACUACUACUGAUGACAUCAAGGACAUCUACCGACGCGCAGAGGGCCAUGAACUAGUAGUUGAGGGGUUGAGGGAUGGCCAAAAUUUGGUUGCGGAUGAAUAG